UUAUAAGUCUAUGAAUGUGGUUAGUGGGGUUAUGUUUUGCUGAGUGAUAAUCCCUUAGAACAUAAAUAAUCUAUCUAUAUUCUAAGCAUAAUCCAGAGAUAAUUUCAUUUCUUCAAGUUAUUAUUACACUACCAUUUUAAACUUUUGAAUAGAAUAUUUUAGGAUUUAUUUGGAAAACAAGACGUAGAAUCAUAUAAUAUAUUGCUCCGAAGUGAAAGUGGAGGAAAGUGAAAUAGAUGAAUACUAAUUAGGAUUUCUUUGGAAUCGACGUAAAUACAAAGACUAGUAACAUAUAUAUUGUCCCAAAAUGAAAGAAGAGGCAAAUGAAAUAGAUGAGACUAUUGAAUGUUCAGAAUUUGGAGAGAACUUCAAGGCUCAUUCAGAAAAAAUUGAAGAUGUUGAUAUAUCUGAACAAUUCAUCGAUGAGACUGGCAUUCAUGAGAGGGCAAUAUACUCUGAGAAUAUUGGAAAUGAAUCAAAAUAUCCAUCCAAACACAAUAGUUUUCAUGAUGAUUCUUCAAAAACGAAAGAAUUGCCCCAAAUUCAUAAAGAAUCUUCCUAUUCCAAUAUGAAAAAACAUGAGUGUCACCUGUGUGAUUAUGCUGCAAAUCAUAAAAAUAGUCUCAAAUAUCAUAUUGAAACAGUUCAUUUGAAUUUGAAGGAACAUAAGUGUCACCUGUGCGAUUAUGCCGCCAAUCUCAAAAAUAGUCUCAAAUGUCAUUUAAAAUCAGUUCAUUUGAAUUUGAAGGAACAUAAAUGUCAUAUGUGUGAUUAUGCUUCAAAUUAUAAAAAUAGUCUCAAAUAUCAUAUAGAAUCAGUUCAUUUAAAUUUGAAGGAACAUAAGUGCCACAUGUGCGAUUAUGCCGCCAAUCAUAAAAAUAGUCUCAAAUAUCAUAUAGAAUCAGUUCAUUUAAAUUUGAAGCAACACAAGUGUCACAUGUGUGAUUAUGCUACAACCCAGAAAGUGCAUCUCAAAUCACAUUUGGAAAUAGUUCAUUUGAAAUUGAAGGAACAUAAGUGUCACCUGUGUGAUUAUGAUGCAAAUCAGAUAAGUGAUCUCAAGAGACAUUUAGAUUCGGUUCACUUGAAUUUGAAGCAAUAUAAGUGUCAAAUUUGUGAUUAUGCUACAAAUCGGAGAGAGAUGCUCAAACGUCAUUCAGAAUCAGUUCAUUUGAAAUUGAAGGAACAUAAGUGUCACCUGUGUGAUUAUGCUGCAAAUCGGAAAAUGCAUCUUGAGAGACAUAUAGAUUCUGUUCAUUCAAAUUUGAAGAAACAUAAGUGUUAUAUGUGUGACUAUGCUGCAAAUCAUAAAGAAAGUCUCAAAUAUCAUAUAGAAUCAAUUCAUUUAAAUUUGAAAGAAUAUAAGUGUCACCUUUGUGAUUAUUCUACAAAUCAAAAAGUGAAUAUCAAAUCACAUUUAGAUUCAGUUCAUUUAAAAUUGAAGCAACAUAAGUGUCACCUUUGUGAUUAUGCUGUGAAUCUGAAAAAGGAUCUCAGGAGACAUAUAGAAUCAGUUCAUUUGAAUUUAAAGAAACAUAAAUGUCAUAUGUGUGAUUAUGCUGCAAAUCAUAAAAAUAGUCUCAAAAAUCAUAUAGAAUCAGUUCAUUUAAAUUUGAAGGAACAUAAAUGUCAUAUUUGUGAUUAUGCUGCAAAUCAUAAAAAUAGUCUCAAAUAUCAUAUAGGAUCAGUUCAUUUAAAUUUAAAGGAACAUAAGUGUCACCUGUGCGAUUAUGCUGCCAAUCAAAAAAGUAGUCUCAAAUGUCAUAUAGAAUCGGUUCAUUUCAAUUUGAAGCCACAUAAGUGUCACAUGUGUGAUUAUGCUUCAAAUCAGAAAGUUCAUCUCAAGGAACAUUUAGAUUUAUUUCAUUGAAUUUCAAAAAAAAAAGUGACACCAUUGCUUCAAAUUUGAAAAUGUAUUUUAAAGGAAAUAUAGAUUUAGUUCAUUUAAAUGGAGCAACAUAUGUGUAAUUCGUUUAAAUGACAUAUGCUAUGAAUCAAAUUUAUCGCGAAAGACACUAUUGAUUUGAAAAUGAAAGUACAUAAUUGUCACUAAAGUGAGUGGGCUACAAAAUGGUGUCUCAAGUGAAAAAACCAUAUUGUAAGAGUAUAUAAUAGUUAUUUAUAAUACACGUGCGGAAUGCAUUGAUAUUCUUCCACAAGCUCAAAAUUAAAAAACGAGCCACAAAGUGGCGAGUUUUUAAAUGAACGAGUGGUAGAAUGAGCCUUCUGUACGAAUAAUUUACAUUAUUUUCUCUAAUUCAUUACAUUUUUAUUGAAAUAUUUCCAUAAAUAUCAUUUAGUGAUUUUGCAUUGAAAAAUGUUGGUUGGCAGAACUGAUUUCUUUAAGGCAAAUUGAUGAAUUGACUGAUAAAGCCGUGGCGGAAAGUUUGGACUACCAACAUAUAAUAAUAAAAUAUAACCAUGAAAAGUGUGCGUUUCUGAUAUAUCCUCGCACGAUUUUGUUCUACGAGAUGUGGAAGAAUAAACAGAAUAACCACAGAAUUAGAGAAAUAUCACUUCAUGGUUUGCUGAGUGGAGAGUUAAAACUAAUCCAGGAAAAUCCCAACUAAUAACAUUCAACCACAACAUCAAAGUCCAAUCCCCAUCUACUGUGUAAUACUGUGUAAUAAUUAUUUGAAAUUUGUUAAAUGUAUUGAAUCUUAUAUUCUACGCGAAAGACUUAGUUGAUGUGUAGAUUUAAUGUAAUAAUAAAUAAAAAUGAAAUAAAUAAAUAAUAUUCGUCGUCA